AUGAAGUUCACACUCGCCUCCGUCGCGGCCCUAAUGGGUGCUGCCCAAGAAUCGUACGCAGCCAUCAACGUCCAGGUCGUCUCUGUCGGCCGCAACCCCGUCAACAACGCCACUGGUCUGAAGUUCUGGCCGGAUAACAUCAAGGCGACGGCCGGCAGCAUGGUUCAGUUCCAGUUCCUUGCCGGAAACCACACCAUCACCCAGUCUGAUUUCGACCACCCGUGCAAGCCCAUCAACGAGGUUAAUCCCAGCGUCCAGGGCAUCUUCUCAUCAUUCCAGCCCGCCGCCGCCAGUGCAGCCAAGGGGGAGUUUCCCACCUAUACUAUCAUGGUCAACGACACCAAGCCCAUGUGGUUCUUCUGCAGCCAAGGCCCGCACUGCGAAAAGGGUAUGGUCAUGGUCAUCAACGAGAACACCGGCGCCAACUCUUCGCGAUCUCUUGCGAACUACAAGAAACUAGCGGCCGAGGCCACUCCGGAAGGCGGCGCGACGCAGGGCGGCACUCCGUCUUCCGAGUCUUCCACUGGUGCCACUCCUCAGGGCGCUGCUUCGGCCACACCCUCGACGGCUGGCGCUUCCAUUACCGGCGUUUCCAGCUCGAUGCUACUUGCUCUUGGUGCAGUCUUUAUGCUCCUAUAG